CUACAGCAAAGCAGAGAGAACGAACUCCCUCGAACAGCAUCUAUCUAUCUACUAUAUCUUUGAUACUUCUUUUCCCGUUUUUACAGGGUUAAGAUCUAUCCUCUCUAUCCCUUCAACCAUCAUGUCGAACGAAAUGGACGUCGACCAACCCGUCGCACAGGACGGUGGCGCCCCCACACAAUCAGGAAAUGGAGCAUUCGAACCGAGAACAAAAGCUGGAGCUGUCGCAGUACGGAGUAUCGAGGGGUGGAUUGUGUUAGCCACCAAUAUCCACGAGGAGGCGUCUGAGGAGGACGUGACGGAUCUCUUUGCGGAGUACGGUGAGGUUCGGAACUUCAGCUUGAACCUUGAUCGGAGGACUGGUUAUGUUAAGGGCUACGCAUUAAUCGAAUACUCUACCCUCCCCGAAGCAAGCGAGGCCAUUAAAAAUCUAGACGGAGCAAAAUUGCUUGAUCAGACUAUUCAUGUUGACUAUGCUUUUGUUCGGCCUCCGCCUUCGAAUAAGCCAAAGGGUGGUGCAGGCAGGGGUGCGCGCGGUGGACGAGCCCGGAGCAAGAGUCGUGAGAGAAGUCGCAGUCCUGGGGCUGAUAAUGGGAGGGACUGAAAAUGAACCGGCAAAAGAAUAGAGACCAUACAUUUCAUUUAUCCCGGUCCCUGCUUUCAUCCUUUGAUACCCAGCUUUUUUUCUAUCGAGCCUCGUUCUCUCGGCUCUUAUUGCACGCAGACCAGGCUCGUUCUGGGAUGCGUACAAAAAGCAUGCUUUGUCUGCUGCCGACAAUUGCCUACUUUCCUUGCGUGCGCGCUUCUAAAAUGGACAGGUCCUUUUGGAUUUGCAGCUGAUCGCUCCUACAGGAAGGGGUAACUUGUCGGCGUCGUGAUAUUUCCAUGAACUGAGCUUAUUACUGUUACAUUUAUCUUGCUAGUAGAGGAAGAUAUAAGAAGGAUUUUGAUAUCAUCUUGAUGAAGUGCAUAGUGUACCCUGCGCUAGGCUAGACUAGAGGCUGUGAAGUCUUCCUUGGAUUUAUAUGAAUAUUCUUUUUUUUUUCUUUUCUUUUCCUGAAAAGUAUAAACCACUGUUUUCAAUGUGUAUGUGCAAUAUAGAUUGUCGUUGAGCUGAUGUUCUCCUGUAACCUCCCACGAUCAUUCACGACAAGGUAUAACCUUGUGGGUAUCACAGAUGCAGAUGCACGUCUGGAAGUAGAUGGCAGAGCUCUAUUCAUCCCAUGAUACCAAGCAGCUGACUCUC